UACAAAACUUUUACUAGAGUCAGAUUUGGCCAAGCUUGGUAAACAACUUACAGAUAAAUUAAAAUGGCCUCCGAAGCGAUUAGUCACAUUGUUCAAUUCAAACUCGGCUUUUGUUUGAGAGAAACUCAGUUUAUCAACUCAAAGAAGAAAGCUUAGCUAAGUACCUUUCUUCGUCUCGGAAUAAAAAGUGAACACAUUGGUGCAUCUUUUAUUCCUUCAUACGCUGAGCUAACUUUCUAAAACUUUUUUUAUUUGCAUUGACUAGCAAAGUAUCGUCUACUGCGAGGCCAGGUUUUGUUGAACUUGAAAAAAGUCAAAAAGAAAAGACAGGAAAGGGGAAUUCCAUGACAGCAGUAAAAGAUGAUUUCAGAGUGGGAAUUUGCCAUAUGGAAAAAGAAACGGACGUCUACAUAUGUUUAUUUCAUUUUCCUAUUCUUUUUUAUUGGUUUAGAAUAUGGGUGUAUUACUGCUACCUUAUGGAUAUAUGUUUCGACUGUUUUGCAAACUAGAAAUGAUAAGUUUUACUACGGUUUAAUAAGUGCUGGAUUUUUUAUACCUUCCUUGUUCUUUCCACCGAUCGUAUCAAGAGUUGUUGACAAGACAAGGCGCGUAAAGUUGUGUGUGAUAUUUAUAAUUAGUUUAUCUAUGGCUGGCAAUUUUCUAUAUCCAAUCCAUUACCAUCCGCUAUUUCCUUUCUUUGGAAGAUUCUUAAGCGGAUUUGGCGCAGCCUUGUGUCCAUUAAUAAUUUCGGAAGUUGCCAGAUCAUAUGAGAAAACUGAUUUGACGCAACGGUUGCCAGCACUAAAUGGAGCUCAAAUGCUGGGUUAUGCAUUUGGACCCUGUAUAUCCACAAUCUUCAGCAAAGCAAAUUUUAAGAUUGGCCCAAUUCAUAUCACAUCAGCUAACAUCAUUGGACCAAUUCUUUUCCUGUUUGCAGCUGUUUUAAUCUUGGCAACUGUGUGUUUCAUGCAUGACUUAUCAAGAGAAUAUGACUUGAAAGCUGAUACAAUGGAUAACCUGCAAGAAAAAAAAAAUAAAGAUUUAAGCACUACCUCUACUAUGAACACAUUGAAGAAGAUAUUCCAAACUAAGGACACCUCCCUUAUACUCGUUAUGUCGUUAUUAUUUGGAAUUGCUGAACAAAUCAUGUUUCGUAUCCUGCCUAUUUUGAUCAUUGAUAAUUUGCAUUUUGGAUAUGCCUUUUUUAAUGGUUCAUUGGUUGUUUAUGGUCUCUUUAAUAGUAUUCUAGUUUUCAUCUUUGUAUAUCGCAAAUUGUCGAAUAAGGAGUUGUACUACACUGGUAUUGCAAGUUUCUUGUCCUUAAUAGUAAUAAAACUACUAAUGUUAUUGUUAUAUUACCGAAUUGGAAAUAUUUAUACCUGGUAUGUUCUGAUUGUUUUAACCUAUUGUUCAAUAGAAAUUUUCUUGCUAUCUGAAAACACUUUUUCGGUUGUAAUUUCUGUUAAGCUUGCUUAUUCGUGCAAUCAGUCAUUCUUGGAAAGCAUCAGAUUAUUCACUCUCCAAAGCGGUCGUAUCAUCGGUGGAUUGGGCGUUGGAAUAUAUUAUAGUUAUAUGAAUAUUUAUUAUCUGCUAAUAAACUUGAUGACGCUUUUGUUGCUGAUUAGUUUACUACUAAGAAAGAAAACCUUGUCAAAUCCUUCACCAAUUAUAUAAAUUUUAUAGUAUGCAGUAAAUUAAAUGAAAUUAUAGCCAUGUUGUUUGUUUUGAAAUUGAUUUUUUCAUAAAUCAUUUAACAUAGCUUUAAAGUGACAUGUCACUUUGUGUUUGUUUUGUUCUUUGCUAGUUUUGCUAAUUAAAUCGGCGGGAUGACUAAAAUACCUAACAAAUAUCAAGCAGUUUUAGACAAAAUAAAGCUUUUGGGAAAAUGUUAACAAUUAGUAUGCCACCGCCAAACUAAAUAGGCGUGUCUUUUUUUAAAAAAAAUUCUUAACAUUUUAGUGUAUUUAUUUAUUGUUGAUGAAUAAUUUUCAGCUUGUACGUUAUAUUAUAUUCACUUAUUGAUUCUUAAAUUCAUCUAAACCCUAGGUCGUUCAUAUUUUGUUAAAAUUGCGUCCAUUCAUACACCGUACAGUUGAUUUGAUUUUUACUUCGUGUUUUGCAGUUUUUCGUGAGUUAUUCGCUCUGUGAAGUUGUUUAUUUUGAUCCAAAGUUAUAGCUACAAAAAUCUUUUCGACGGCAAUGCAUUAAAUAAUGAUUACGCUUAUUUAUUUAUGAAGGACUAUACUCUUCUCAGUAGAGGGCAGUUCUCAAUGAAACAAUAAACAUAUUCACGUGCUCUGAGGCAAUCGUUUGGAAAUUUCAAAAUACCAGCUUGUUGCGAACAAACAGCGAGGCGGAAAGGAGAGGACAAAAUCAAUUACAGAGCUUAAAGGGGCUAGGAAACGAUUCAAUAAGCUCAAUCCCUGCAAUUUUUGAAAAUGGCAUGUAAUCAAGGGAUCACUUAAAAGGUUAAGAUGCAAGAAAUUAUA